GCACGCGUUUAGAUGAAUCAAGAGGAAACAUUUUUCAGUUAUUAUUGUAAUAUCGCUAAUUAGUUGAUACAAAUGGAUGAUUGAAUAUCGAACGACACUUUCUAGUUGAAGGUAGCGAUGCAGAUAGUGCACCAUUCGAGAGUGCAGCGCCUAGAUUGAGGCCUUAACGAAGCAAGUGAAUGAGCGAUUGAAUAAAAUACGAAAAUUCUGAUGUCGGAUUAAGGUUGAAUCAUACACAUCUUGAAAAUGUUUGUCGGCCACAUUGCAGAGAAUGGAAUGGAUGGAGGCCGUUCAAGCGGCGGUUCUGGUGACUCUUUUUCGCUGAAUCGCAACCGUUGUUGCGGCUGCUGGUGAAUUUUGGUGGUGUGGAAACGUCAGAAAAAAUUAACAUAUUUACACGCAAGCAGUUUUGUGUCAGCGCACGGUGCGCAACAGGUUCAAGUCACCUUUAGCGCGAGGGUGCUUGUGUGAUUUUUUUGUUGUUGUGUGUUUUCGGUUAGGCUGCUACGGUACUGACGGUGUGGUGGCUGCGUACAUGCAAUCAAGCGGGUUCAACCUCGGCUGAUGAUGACUACCGGUGACGAUGAGGUUAUAGGACAUUACGGGGUGCUGUGGAGUGUGUGAUUUUGAGCUGGAUAUAUUCAUGAAAGUAGAAGGAAGGUGAAAAACGAGAUAAUAUCGUCGGAGUUCAUUUGCACUGCAGAGCGAGGUGCGCGAGCGAUUUCUAAUGAAUUAAUGAUGUGGCUAAGGCUGUCCCAUAGCGGAUCGAGUUUUGUACAGUUUUGACAGCUAAUAUUUAUUAGAAAGCUGUCAAGUGGUGUGUCUGGCUGCCUUGGUUAUCCAUGUUUUGCGUAGCGGUGGGCGAAAUCAGCAGAAAAAAAAAAUAAAUAUUUGUGUUUCCAAAGUGGCCGAGGCUCGCUAGCGCCAGCUGCAAGUUGUGGAACGCGGGAUGGAUGGAUGAUAGAGUUCGAUAGAGGCCGCUUGCAGCAACUAGUUGUGAAUCGUAGUGAAAUUUGAAUCGGCUGUUAAAGCAUAAUAUAUUAAAAUUUUAAAGUAAAUAAAUAUCAAAUAAACAGUUGAGAAUACAAAAAUUGUGUACGUGAAUCGCAGUUUGAUACAGGUGUUUGAGGUGUUACAUUAAUUAGAUUUCAUUUUAUCGAUCGAUUUCCAAGCAAAUACGUUGAAAACAAAUCGAAAAGUGGUGAAAAGAGCGAAUGGAAGAACAGUGUAAAACAGCAGGAAAAGGAAACAAGGCUUGAAUUAAUUUUACUUGUUUAUCGAAUUUGUUUUGUUAUUCUUUCCGGCCUCGGCUUAAAUGCUACGUUUCGUGUCUGAGUACGACUUCAAUUUUCUACGCUGCAAGCAAGUGCAAGUUGUAGAGAGGAUGAUUGAAAAUAUGUGUUCCCGUUCAAUUGGAGUCGAUUUUUCGGAGACGGCGAUUUCAUCUCUGCUCAGUUUCGGCUAAGUUAAGUUUAACUCUACUCUUGGUUAUUGUGUUGCUGAGUUUGUUUUGAUUCUGCUGAAAGUCUAGUAGAGUGCUGUAUCGACAGGCCGUUCGUCGAGGUGGAAUAAAAGCAGAAGAAAUAUUUUCGUAUAUCUGGUGUCUUAAACCGUGUACAUCUCGGUUCGGUUUUUUUGUGAAGUUUCCUUUGGCUGUCAGCGAAGAAAAAUUUAAAACGAUGGGCAGCCGAAGCAUGGAGUGUCGUAAAUUUUCACCAAACAUCUUUAACAAGAGCAAAUGCACGCACUGUUUUCGCCAGCGCGAGGAGCACAGUGCGGCCGCACUGGAAUGCAAUCGGGCAACGAGGAAAGUUUCGAAGCGAGGAUAUUUAUUUGUGGCACCGGACUGGGAUUUCAGCAAUCCUCUCUACAGAACAAAGCGAUGGCAGCGAAGGUGGUUCGUACUGUACGACGACGGGGAGCUCACAUACUCGGUGGAUGAGCACCCCGAAACAAUUCCACAAGCCAUAAUCGACAUGACCAAGGUGCUAGAAGUAACCACCGCUGAAGAUGUCACCAGUCAUCCAAAUUCUAUUGCCAUUACCGCACCGGAGCGGGUUACGUUCGUCAAGGGCACCUGUCCAGAGGAGAGCAAAUGGUGGUUCAAUGUGUUGUCCGCGUUCCCGAAGUCUAAGGGCCGUCACAAAAGAAAUGCUACAUUUCCUGGGGGACAGGCGACUACUAUUUUGCAGUCACAACCUCCAUCAACCGGACGGAACCGACAUAAUUCGUACCACAAAGAUUUGCUACCUUCCUCACCCGUCGGUAAUUUGGUGGAUGCACUGACGGCACCCUGCUCGUGGAGUUCCGCAGCAACAAUUGCCUCUGACGAGAACAAUUUGAGUGCAAAUAAUGAGAAUAGCAGCAUUACAACCACUUGCAGUACCAACAACAACAGCAAUGGUAGCUGCAUCAACAAUGCCAAAGUGUACAGUGACCAACCCGUUUCAUCCAAAUCGCCUCCCACCAGAGAUAAAUUGCAUCCCGAGGGCAAGAUUCAAGCACGUAUCAGGAAUCGUAAUCGAGCUUCACUGGAUGCAACUGAUGCAGCUUCUAAAUGCUACCUGUUGGACGAUGUACGCCGAGACGAAAAACUGAAAGACAUUGCCAACACCAUCACGAACGUCAAUCGGUGGAGCUCGCCGUGUAUUACGGAUACCCUUUCACUGACGGCCACCCAAGAUGAUAAACCCACCCGAGAUGAGAAUACGAUGCCGCCGUUCAAUCCGAAAACUACCGGACAAAUGCGGCCACAGUCCUUGUCAAUAUCGUCAACCGCACCGGCCAUUGUUUCUGCCAUUGUAAAGAAGAUUCCCACCGGGAUAUCUAAAUUAGACCUGUCGAGAACCACCAACCACACAACAACCUCUAGUCCGAAGUUGAGACCUAGUCAAAACAACGAACGAGGCGAUCCUGAUGGGGACUGCGGCCUUGAUGAUGCUCCCGCUAGUUAUCUGGCAAACAGUUCGGAACUUCGCGUUAGCUUGCAAUCGGAAGACAUGCUCAACACCAAGAAGGGCUGGCUAAUGAAACAGGACUCUCGGACGGGUGAGUGGAGCAAGCACUGGUUCACGCUUCGUGGAGCAGCACUGUUCUAUUACCGUGAUCCUGUGGCUGAGGAAAAAGGAGUUUUAGAUGGUGUGCUAGACGUCAAUAGCAUUACAAACAUCAGUGAAGUACCAGUGAACAAGAAUUUUGGCUUUCAGUUGACGACAUGGGACAAUCGAAGAAUUGUGUUAUCAACCGUGACCAUAAGCAUAAGAAAUAAUUGGAUUAAUGUGCUCAAGAAUGCGGCAGGAUUACCCCAAACCAAAGUUACACUAAACAAUAGUACUUUAGGAUUGAACAAUCAGAACGAUGAAAACUUCGAAACGUUAGCGGAUAAGCCUGCCCUGGAAAUUCAGAUAAUAGACAGUGGACAAAUGCAGGAUAAUGUUAACAGCCUAGUCGGAAGCAACCGCGUCGGUAUAGAGACUAAUCGUGGCGAGGAUGUCGUGGAUUGUAAAGCUACCCAAAAAAGGCAAGAUGUUAUAAUACACUUAACAAAAUCGAACAGUACCAGUGAAGCUUUAAACAGCAGCCUAAUUCAGUCAACUAAUUCGACUACGGUAGCCACCACUCCAGUAACCCCGAAAUCGGCGCUUUUCUCGUCAGACGAAGAGUAUCGCACUGCGUCUGAAGGAGGUCGAAGAGAUAGCGUCGGUGAUUGGGGUUCGCCAUUGUCUCCUUCUCCACCAGUGCCACUUUCAGCGAUAGCUAGAACCAAAGAUAGAUUAAGAACAUCUCACAAUCGGCUACACAAGCGAAGUCGUUCAUCCCCACCCAGCUCUCGUCGCAGCACGAUCGACAGUGUUCAGUCGGAAGAUCUACUGCUCAUAAACUCUGUUCAAGAGGAGGUUUGUGUCGACAAAGAAAUUCAGUUGCGAUUACAGGCAGCCGAAAAAGAACUAUCAAUUCUUCGUGAAGAAACGCAUGAACGUGAGGCACGUAUGUCCGAAUUGCUUACAUCAUUGGAACGAACCGAACAAGAACUUAGUAAAAAAAGAGAAAGUGAGGAGACUCGAGAAAAACUUCUGGUGCAGAUGGACGAAAGUCGAAACAGUGCUCAAGAAAUUAUUGAUAGGAUAACUGUGGAACUGGAGAAAAGUCGUGAAACUAUAAAAGAUCUAGAAGAUCGAUUGUCGCGAGGAAUCGAAGAGAACGAAUCGCUGUACAAGAAAAUGCGCGAUUUUGGAAUAUCUAGUCCUGCAUCCAGCCUCUGCAGCCUGAACACGAAAAUAGGGAGGAUGAAACGAAUGGAUUCUUUCAGUGAUUUAACUAGUUUGAACGAGGUGGAUCCAAACAACCUGGACAAAGAUAUGCUAACUGAUGAAUACCAUGAGUUGCGCGCACGAUUCGAGAAAGCAGUUAGUGAACUUAAAGCAAUGAAGCGUGAGCUAAAAGAAUCGCAUAAGAUGUUUGACGAUUUAGAAAUAUCCUACGUGACACUGAGAAAAGAGAUCGAGCGGCAGCAGAAAGAUCACGAAUUGCAAUCACGCAUGAUGGCUGACAGGAUUCAAGAUAUGACUAAUAAAUAUACCAACGCAGAGAAGCAAGUGCGAUUGCUGAAACAAAAAUUAGUGCGAAAUGAAAAGCGAAGAUCUUUGUCAUUGAAGGGCAAAGAAUCGCUUUCAAUUCAAAAGGAAUUGGAAGAAAAGGUAACCGAAUUGGAAAACAAAAUCGAUGCUUUGGAGCAAGGAGUAAUUAUGGUCGAUGCAGCAUCAUCACCUCUUGAAUCCUUGGAAAUGAAAAAAGUGAAACGUGCCACGACACGACUUCGAAGGAAGAGCCUAGAUAGUGCGACGUCGUCAUCACAACCAAUGCAAGUACUUUUACGACUUAAUACUCUGGAAAAACGAGUCGAUACCGUUAAAGCGACUGCUGGUGAAAUUUUAAAUGUGCCAGAAUCGCACGAAAUCAUGAGUAGUAGUGAAACUCUUCCUGCCAGCAGUGCCAGUAGCAGUUCCCAUCACAGCCCCAAUCCACCUAGCACUAGCCAUCCGAAAGUCUCUGAGCACCUUAUGGAUCGCUUGAAAAGUCUGGAGGGCGUAGUAAUUGCGGUUCGAGAACUUGUUAAUCAAAGUAUGCAUCAGUUCCAAAAUCUGAAAUCAUCAAGAUCACGCAGGUCGGUUUCUCCCAUAGCCGAUAAGAAAGAUUCGUUUAAAUUUGUCGAACGUUGUUUGUCGGAGGUGGCCAAGUUACUUCGUGACAGCUGUGAUAAUUGUGUAAUCCACGAUUUUGCUUUGAAUAACAACAUUGUGCUGCUGCCAGAAUCGAACCCAAUUAAACUGGCACUCACCCAGAUGGAAAGUCAGCUAAAGAACAAGCUUAGUGAUCUACUGAAACAGCGCAGGAUGCUUCGUGAAACAAAUGGCUUAAGUCAAAAGAAAGAUAUGGAAUUGCUGGCCGAACGAAUAGCAUUCGAGAGUGUAUGUUUCGGACGGCUAAGGAAUGCGUUGGAACGUGCGGAUAAUAUGAAAGAAUACGAAGAAAAAUUAACCAAAGUAGAAGUCUCAGAAACAAUCCAGCUAAUGGCAAUGCUAAAGGCAAAGCUUGCAGGCAAAUGUGCUAUCAAACCAAACAGCAGUAUUGACGUGCUUGCAAGUGUUCUAGCCAGAAAACUGAUGCUCUCGGCGGGCAGAACCAGUAGCAUUAGACAGUUUAAUUUCCCACCACUAAACAGUAGUCUACUGGAAGACCUUUUGCGACAGCAAAACGAGGUACAUAUGGUAGCUAAACGGUACAAAACUACAGUCAUGGAGAACUUGGCAUAUGGCUUAGCUGCUGAAACACUUAGUUACAUUUCAUCGUCAAAUGAAACAAUUCAAGGUGCUGUCCAGGAAGCUUGGCGACAAGCACAAGAAGCGGUUAAUGCCGAACUAGUCCAGUCUGAAAUUGCUCACAUCAUGAUGCGAAACGCUCAGCGAUACGAGAACGCAAUUACGCCUGCUUUCGGCUAUGCGCUCUCGACAAAUGAGCGUAUAAACUUCGAAAACUUCGCCGAUGCCGUUCAAGAUGUGCUUCGUGGAGAAAUGGAGCUUGCCGUCACCCAGCUAACUGAGUGUUACGAGGAAAGCCUGGCUAAAAUGAAACGAGGCCAAUGGCGAUUACAUCUCGAGCAAGAGCGAAAACCAAGUGAAGGUCGACAGUUACUUGCGGAAUUUGCAGAUAUUAUUGCUCACAAAGCUCUGAUCGAUGCUCGUGUUCAGGUUCUCAAAGGCGAUUACAUCCCGGCUAAAAUAAAACUUAUCAGUGAAGACUCGAACAGCUUUAGUGUUGUGGCGCUUAAAAAGUACGAAAACUUGUACACCGAUCUCACUUUCGACCUGGAAAUUGCCAAUUCAGAUGAUAUUCUCGCAGAGGCAGACUUCAACUUUAUGUAUAAAUACUUCGCGAAUGAACAUUUAACCAACAAAGCAGACAUCAAAGAAAUAUCGGCAGCACUCAAUGAACUAGAACAGCUGGUUGUCUCACUGCAGAAUACCAUGGUUCCUGAAAAUGUUCUCAUUGCUAGCUCAAUCGAUGCUGACAGCCUGCGAAGUAUUCAUACACGUUGUUUGGAUAUUCAAAAACGCUUGAAUUCUUUAAUCGCAGCCGCGAGAGAUUUGCAAUCUCAGUGCAAUGAAUGCGAGCGAUUGCAGGAAACACUGAUCGAAAUCUCUGAUCGUCACGAAUCCGACAUAGCUGGCUUGAAGCAGCAAAAUGAAGCGAAGGUUAAUCAGCUGAACAGAAAAAUUGAUGAGCAAAAACAGCUUAUCACGAGCAUUGAAAAUGAAAAGAGCGAAAUACAAGAAAGGUUGAACAACGAGAAAAAUGUGCUGAAAUUGCGUGAAAAAGAGUUCGUCGAGUUGAACGCCAAAAUAAGCAAUUAUGAGUCAUUGUGCCAUGAAAAAAAUAAAGAAAUUGAAGAACUUCUGGAAAACUACGACGAAGAACGUAAAAAAUCCAAGUUGCUUCGAGAAAAGUAUGAGGAACUUUCCACCAAUUACCAACGAAAUGUGGAAGAGUACGCCGAGCUGGAGAAGGAACGUGACGUUGUUUUUGAGCAACUGCAGAAGGAGAAAGAUCGCGUUAAAAAACUUGAGAGGCAUCUCGAAAUGUUGGAAGCAGAGCAUGCACAGCAAGUCGAUAAUCUUCACGCCGCCUAUCGGGAACAGCAAAUGGCAAAUGAAAUCGAUUCGCAGAAAGAUAAAGAUGAUGAGGAUAGUUUGCGGCUGAAAUAUCAAGCAGAAAUUGAACAACUUAGAGCUCUAUGCGAAAAGGGAUUAGCGGCAAUGGAAGCAUCCCACAAACGCAUCAUACAUGAUUUACAGGAAAAGCACCAGCAUGAAAUCGCAAGGUUGAUCGUAGAAAAGGAGCAAGCUCUAGCCGAAGAAACUCAGGCAACUUUGGCAGCACUAGAUGCAAUGCGGAAAGCACAUCAGAACGAAGUGCAACGCGAAGUGGCUCGUUUCAAGCAGGAAUACUUAAGACAAUUUCAGAAAGGGGGACAACCGCCACUCGCGUAUAAAGAAAAAGAGCAAGAACUUGAGGAAGUUCGACAAGAAAUACUGUCUCUUUCGGAAAAAUAUUCAAUGAAAUGUGUUGAAACUGCAUCAUUGGAAGAAAAGUUAAGAAUCGCAUCUCAACAGCUAAAGUACUCCCAGCAACACAUCCAACAGCUUGAUGUUAGGAAUAAACAAUUACGGGCGCACUUUGUAUCAGGAGAACCCAGUGAAUCCUCUUCAUCGAACAGCUAUUCCUCUAAAGGAAGCCUUGAAGGCGCACAUGAAGAUGUACGCAGUGUUAGAAGCUUCGUGAGCAGACACAACAGCAAUUCGGUUACAAUUCCCGCAGUGGCGGUAACUUCAGCUCUCUGUGCCACCACAUCUAGUUCGGUAACUGCAACAUCUGUCGGCACAGUGAUCGGCAGUACACCUUCCCUGGGCCACUGCAUUGAUAAUCAUCACAAAGAGUACCACACCAUUAACAAUAAGAAAGAGUCACAUCCUAAAUUGAAGCUUUGUGAAGGAGCCAAAUUGAACGUUUCACCAAUCUUCCCUACCUCGACUUCGACGACCGGUAUAAUCGACCCCGUCAACCUAGCGAGCAGCAGUAAUAAUCGAGCCAAAGUUCUGAACUCCAAACAGUUAAACAUGAGUGUUCUAAGCAACGAGUCCACCAGUCCUAGCACCAGCAGCACCCAGCAGCCAUCAUCUCUUAAUUACACUGUUAACUCGACGAGUCCCGCCCACAUAAGUAGCACCAGUAGCAACAAAAGCAGAAUAAGUAACACCAGCAAUAAUAAUAAUAAUGAUACCGAGUGCCUAACCGAACUUAAGCCUACAUUGAAGAUAUGUUCGCCCCCUCCCCUAGACGAGAGGGACGUUGAACAGAUUCAUCGAUUCGAACUGGAAAUCUAAAGUAUUUAACAUCAUUAAAAAAAAUGGAAAAAUCAUAUUCAUCAUCAUUAUUAUUAUUUAAUCACGUAUAAUUGGUUGGAUCAGCUUACAUCAAAAGCCAUAGGCUUAGAAAGCGCACUGCUUUUACCAGUUGCAACAUACCACGAAAGCCCAUUAACCUUCAAACGUGUUAUCUUUUUUUAAGUGUCAUUCUGUACCAUCAGCAAUCAGGAGCUCCCACCAGUUAUUUGUGCACGCAGAAAAAAAUCUGUCAUUGAACGCUUUAUUUUUAUUUAUCAAUCACUGUAAAUUGCUUAGAUUUUAAACUGCGUUUGCAAAAUGAUCUUUCAACUAUUUCUUUUAAACUGUACAGUGUAGUUGCGUUCUGUAAAAAUCAAUAACAUGUAGUAAAAUUCAUCAUAUUAUAAGUAGAAUAUAACGAAAACGAUGAUUCUAAUCCUCAAAGAAUGUUUUUUUUUCGUAAGAGAGCUUGAAACCAUCCUUUAAUGUAAAUUAUCAACGCUAUUUGAAGGAUAACGGAGAACGACAAAAGGAUAGUUUAUUUCGGUGCAUUGCAGAUAAAAGUUAAAUUUGUCGUUUUGAAUAUUUCAAACUAGACGCAGUACUUUUAGGCAGCUAAAAUUUUAAAAUUAUUUUUAUUUUAUCUUUGGGAUUUUCUCUAAUAUGCGGACAAAAUUUACAAAACCUACCAACUGGAUUUUGUUCAAGGGCAAAAUAUUUAUAGU